UUUGCCAAAGAUCAGUGCCAGAAGCUGUCAGUGCACAAAUACUCACCGCAGAUCCAAGUGAUGAGCACCUCCCUGAAUGGUCACAGCAGUCAGCGAAGGACUCAGGCUGCUGUUUAUCUGGAAUGAGAGCAGCAGAGAGAAACUCUCACCAGGUGACCAGGCAAAACCAGACCUCAGUUCUGGAAACUGGAUGAAGAGCUGGGAAGGACUGGGGAAAACCAUGUAAAGAGAUCCAUGGUGCAGCCAGUACCGUGCUCACAGGAUGUGUGGGCCAAGAUGGGAACUGUCAACCUAACUGAGCACAGGUCUGAAAUUCAAAGGUGACACGUGAGAGCCUCAUCCUACCCAGCAACUGCAGCAAACACAGACGAGAACUUCCUGUUUCCAUCUCAAGCUGUGUCUGUCCCCAUAGAGCUCAGCCAGGUGGAACACAGGGAGAGCUGCACAGCAGCACCAAGGGCUGAGCAGGCGGCACCUCAGCAGCAGACGCACCUCCUCCCCAGAAGUUGAUUUGCAGCCACUGCGCUCGCGGCCUCACUCGCCAUCGGCUCCAACAGUACUGCUCUCUCAUGGCCUCUGUGAAGGGCAUCUCAGGGAACAUGUCUGUCACGUUGUUGCUGUUGAAAGUUAAGUUGAUCUCGGUACACACCUGAAACAGAACACGAGCUGGCAUGGAGGAGGAGUUGGCGGCGCAGCAUCCCUGCUGGCAUCCCCAGUGCCUCACCUGGUAGUCCCACGCCUCAGCAUCUGCACCAGUGCCGCAGCCCGUGGGGUCGGCGCAGGACCGGAACAGCUGGUACACAUCAUAGCACCGCGCCGAGCCGGAGGAGUUGUAGAACACCCCUGCCAAGUGGGAAGAGCACAGACAGACCCCUCAGUGUGGUGCCCUCUGCCGCUGCAUCCGCAGGCUUCCUGCAGACCAGCACCAGCCGGGGGGUGGCCGGGGCUGCGGCAGGCGCAGAGCAAAGCACCAGCGGUAGGUUACGGUCACAGCUUUCCACCUCACCGCUGCAUGUGUAUUACAGCCCACUCUGCAAUGAGCUCUGCUACCCCAGAAGCUGUGACCCAUUCUUCAGCCCCUGCACCUCCAACCCAACUCUCCAGCACCGUGCGUGGGAAUCGUCCUGAGACCCAACCGCGAUGGGUGCAACUGCUGCGGCCACCCCACUCCCUAAAAACUGCCGUUGUGUGAAUGCAUUGAAUUGAACACGAGGGCCGAUGUGGGGGAGUGCAUCCUAGACAGGAUUUUGUUUCACUGUUGUUUAAAAAGGGAAGGUCGGCAUGUGCAGGCUUGCCCCGAUGAAAGAGCACCUGCCCAGCAAAGCACUGCUGGGGAGCGCUGGAGGAACAGGCUGCUUUUGUGCAGAGGGGCCGUUACCAGACAGCAGGGCAGGAAUGCAGUUACACCAGUGGCUGCCGACUGCUGCCAGAGCCAAAGGACCCACAAGCGCCGUGCGGGACCCAGCACUGCAGGGAGGUCUGCGUGCAGGCAGCACCGCCUCGGCUGUCCUGGAGCAUGAACCUGCAGACCUGGGGCUGCUUCUGGCAUGCGUGCUUUUAGAGCAAUGCUGCUGGCUUGCAGAGCAGCAUGGGGAGCCUUGGGUCUGACACCUACCUGGAGAAACUUCUGCAAGGCAUCAGCAGGCUUCGCGCCCAGAAAGCACUGUGCGAUGUAACAUUGGAGGCAGAAGGGGUUUGCUUUCCAGCACACAAGAUCAUUUUAGCAUCAGCAAGUAAUUAUUGCAAGAUUCUAUUUGUUGGGAACGCGACAAGGACGGGGAAUGUGGAUGGAAGCAUUCGUCUCAAUGCUGUCAGUGCCGCGGGGCUGAGCAACGUCCUCAGCUUCAUUUACUCCAACAAAUUAGAUCUCUCCUUACAGAACGUGGAGGAGACAUUCAAGGCUGCAGAAGCCCUGCUGGUUGGAGAGGUGAUCAACCUGUGUUUCCGAUUUCUGGAAAGCUGCUUGAGCGGUGAGAACUGCAUGGACAUUCUACGCAUUGCCAAAAAACUUGGCCCCGCACAGCUGAGAGAGAAGGCCAUGUGCUGCGUAGGGCAGCAUUUCAAAGAGCUCCUGGCCAAUCCCCAGAGCCUGAAGGAUCUUGACAGAGGAACCCUCUGUGAAAUCUUAGACAGGACCACCACAGAGGGGAGCAGUGAGCUGGAGCUGCUCAGAGCUGCUGUGAGCUGGCUGCAGCACGACCGCAGGCGGCUGCAAUACAUGGGGGACAUUUUAAAGCAUGUCAGAUUCCCUCUCAUUCCUUUCCGCGAUCUGCAGCGCUACAUCCAGGAAAUCCCUUUGACGAGGCUGGACUGGGGCUGCUGCCGGCUCCUCCAGGAUGCCCUGACCCCCCACCUCCAGCUCUGCACCCGGCCGUCCCAGCAGAGCCCGCACACCGCCCUCCGCUCCGCUUCCCCUGCACUGCUCAUCGCUGGCGGCAGAACCAGCACCAACAGCAUCUGCAGGGAGAUGUGGGCUGCAGAGCAGAGCUGCGGCGCCUGGCGCAAAGUAGGGGACCUCUGCGUGCCCUUGUACAACCACUGCAUAGUUGCCAUCGAUGACUUCCUCUUUGUCUUGGGGGGGCAGAGCACAUUCGAUCCCACAGGAAAGCAGCCAUCAAACGAGGUGUUCCGCUUCAACCCACGCAAUGCUUCCUGGCUCCGGCUCGCCAGCAUGCUGCAGCGGCGAACGCGCUUCCACGCAGACGUGCUGUCUGACCACAUCUUUGUGGUGGGGGGUGGGACACUGCUGGGGACCCUCACCCCCACCGUGGAGUCAUACCAGCCAGCUGCCAACAAGUGGGAGUUUGCAGCUCCCCUCCCCAUCCCUAUUGCUGACCACGCAGGCGCAACCCACAAGGGAAUCCUCUACAUUUCAGGUGGUUUCUCAGCAGGCAGAACCUUAGCAGACACCUUCAGCUUCUUCCCUCGCCUCCGGCGCUGGAGGCACAACUGUGCCAUGACCUUCCCCCGCUGUGAUCACGGGAUGGCUGCCACCAAAGAUGGCAUCUUUUGCAUUGGAGGAAGGACACUGAAAGGAGUGGAGCAAUGGAUUCACGUCAGUGAGACGGAGUGUUACUGCCCUGUAAGCAAUCAGUGGACAACGCUCACGCUGUCUCCGUUCAGCCGCUGCCAGUUCAGCAUCACAGCCCACGGGUCGAUGCUUUACCUCACGGGGGGUGGAUUGCUGCAGCACAUGCAAAAAGACAACAGCAUCUUCCUGUACGACACCAAAGGGCAGGUAUGGAAGAAAGCCAGCUCCCUGCCUCGAGCUCUGGUUGAUCACGCCUCCUGCAUGAUUAAGCUGCCCCAAGCGAACGCAGCUGGUGAGCUGGGGAGAGGCACAGAGCGCUGCCUCACCAGCGGAAGGGAGAAACCAAGCCUCAGCUUGUCAGCUGCUAAGAAACAGGAGAAGUAGGAUGUGGAAAGCUCAGUCAGAUGGGACAGCAUUUGCCAAGACCUGAGUAUCUUACCUACCUGUCUAGCUCCCCAGCCAAAUAGCUUUAGCUGUGAUUUUGAAUUGAUACUCCUGAAAGAACUUUGGAAUCAGCCUCUAAUAUUUUCCUUACUAACACUGCUGACUGACAAAUUAAAUACUCGUGUAGGUAAUUAAGACUGUCUUGCCACUCAGUUAGAACUGCAACUGCAGGGCCCUGUGACAACAGCCUUGUCCUCAACCAGCAGAGCAGAGAACCUCCUUCAGUGAUUGUGACUCGACCAGUAACUGCUCCAACCAGAGCAUGGGUAAACCCAUCAGAACGGAGUGCCUGGGAAGUCAUCUCGUGGACUGUCAGCAGUGUAAGGGGCUGCCAUGGCCAAAACUCAUGCAGUACAAAACAUCCCAGGGGAAAACUGGAGCUGUACCAGCUCCCACAAUACACAAUCCACACAACAAGACGACUCUACAUACAGGUGCUUCUGGAGAACAACAUUUUACAUAAAAAAAAUCCAUCUGAUAAGAGUAACUCACCAACAAGAGCUGCUAGGCCUUGAAUUGGGUCUGUGUGGGCAAGGAUUUGUUCACAGCCAACCUGCAUGAGACAUGGUACAAGCAAAUUGCAGACAGGACACACAACAGUCUACCCUGCAGAGGGGCUAAGCUGGAAGUUAAAAGCAUUGCUUACACAGCUGAUGGUUCAGCAGCUUUCCAGUGGCCAAAAGCAACAUUUAUUUUUUUAUUUUCUCUCUCCCUCCAGUAAAAAAAAUACAUAGGCACAGGGAGAAAGCAGCUGUGCAGAGGCCAGUGAUAACCAACAGAUCCUUCCUCCUCCAAUCAGAGUAUUUUAAGUCCCUUCUCAAGCAAACUUAGAACAGUUACUUCCAUUCUACCACUUUUAAACAGACCCCAGAAAGGAACUGCAUGGCCAGGCCAGCAUCUUCUGUGCCCCUGCACAACACAGCCUGUAUGAUUCCAUGCACGCAUUUUGCUCCAGGUAAGAUUUGAACCUACAUCCCAGCUGAUCUCUUCGGCACAAGGCCAGAGGCACAUCAAGACCCAUCAGCAGCACCAGACUGACAGCAAAGCAGAAGCCAAGAGUUGCGACGGCGCCUGGUGAUCAGGGUCCUUUUUCAAAAGAAACUGGUGUUUGUAAGCCUCCCAGGCACCUUUCCCCACACUUGGCCCUCACAGAGGCAGGCAUUUCUCUACACUGCACUCUGACGUACGCCAUCUUCCCUGGUGAUUCUAGAAAAGGAAGCCUUAUUUUCAGGCCUCUGCCAAGAAAAACGUGCCUAAUAGAAAUGUGUCAACGUGGGCUACAACAAAACAGUUUUUUGAAAAGCUGCAGGUUUUCUGCCUUCAAAAAACUGAAGCCAGUGUGGCUGCACAGGCGUUCAAAGCAAACGCAGAGCACAGGUAUGGCUCAGCAAGCCUUCCAGCACUGCAUUACAAACAGCAGUCGCUAUUUCAGAGACAAUUAAAAUAUGCAGAUUUACUGUCGGAGUGGAAGGGCUGUGACAUUCACCACUGCUUCCUCACAUCACCAUCGCUGGUGCUGCACACCUGGUGCUGCCCCACAUCGUGCAGCCCCCAGCUCUGGUCCCUGAGGUGCACAACCCAGCCUGCACUCACAGCAAUUCUCACCUGCGUCCUGCUACUCACCUUCACUGGAUUAGCAGGGAGGUGCCCCAUGAAAUCGGUCUUGUAAGGAUAGUCCAUCAUGGCAAUCAUGGUGAAGGCAUUUCUAGCAAAGCCAAAAAGCUGGUAAACAUCCUCCUUGCUAGAAAUCUUGUUGCAUGUGGCCAUUUUGCUGCUGAUUUCAUCAUAAGCUGCAGAAGGAAGGAAAAUGAAAGGCACAAACUUCAACAGAGUAAAUUGUAAUCAGGCUUCAGCAUCUUGUUUCACUUGGAGUAAUGUGAUAUUGAGACACAUAGGUGAGGUUUCCAGCGGGGAGGAUACGUUACACCUAAGUUUACAAACACAGAUGUUCAGGCACAGUCUUCCGCUGUGGCUUCCUGACCCUGUGCUGAUCCACAGCUCUCAUCUCACAGUAACCUCCCUGGGGAACACAGUGGCAGCAGCAGCUCCUAUCCAGAACAUUCCAGAUGGAUGCAGUCCAAACUGCUCGCUACAAGGCUUUCCUGCCCAGCACCCUGCUUGGCAAGCUCCUUCUUGCUCCCUUUGGCACUGCUGGCUCCCACCAUUGCUCGCUGUGGAGCUGGGCUCAGGCAGUAGAACAGAGUACAGCACAGAUAUCUCAGCAGGAAAAAGAAGCCAGGCAACAAUAAUCCUCACAGAGCUGCCAAGGGCUCCUGAGAUGGGCCUUCAAACCCUGACGUGAUACAGAAAGCUCAGCUGGAGUCAGGAAAUCUACCUUUUAAGAAAUUAGUUCCAGAUGUACUUGAAUAGUUUUGCAUUUCUGCUGGGAGAAGGUGCUCCUUCCAUCUUCCAUACUGUCAGCUCCUGUCUGUCCUCAUUCUAUUCAGUGAGCUGUCCCACUGGAGCCCGACUGGACCUAUGUUUGGAUACUCACUUGAGUGACACAACCUUAAGUACAACCAUCAUGCUACAGAAAGCACAGUGCCAGACAGAUCUCAAGUACCUCAGCCACUGAAGAGUAAUGUACUUCCUGUCAUGCACAUCUACAAAUGGUUUGGGACCAAGGGCAGCUCGAGGUUGCCCAGCAAACAGACCAUGAACUCAUCACAGGGGCUCCAAGGCGAUGCAGGGCUCCCAGAAAAAGCUGCACUGAACCAUAAUACCUGUCUGGUCUAAAAGGACGAAAUUGCAGUCUCUGUUCUUGAUAUCACCUAACUGUCCAGUGCUGGAAAUGAAAGAGACUGAUGGCUGCUACAUGGCAUACACUGCCUUUCAGGUAUGCCCAGUGACAUGGACCAUGCUGUGGUCACACUCACCAGAACAAGUCACAACAGCAUGGCUGUUGAGGACAAGCACUGGCUGAAAGGUGAAAAUACAAAAAAUUAAAAAAUACAGAUGUUGUGGAUUUUUUUAUUUUUUAUUUUUUACUGCAGAAAAACUAGUUUCAUUAACGAGAGUCCAUAGUGUUACUUACUGAUCAUGACACUAACCAAAACCAUUCAUCAAAUAAAAAUAUCAAUUAUACGAGCAGAAAGGUCAAGCGGGCAUCUGCACCAAUUCAGCCAAACCAGUUUAAGACCUAACAGAAGUGAAAUGGAACCAACUUCAUUCCCCAGCCCUGGCCUGCCUGCUGCGCGGCUGUUUGUCCUUACCUCCGCUCAGGAACAGAUCUCUGAUCUGCUGGAAGGCUCUGCGGACAGCAGUGACGCAGCCUGGGAUGGACUUCUGAAAAUCCUGAAGGGCAGAAAAGCCGUGGUGUUACAGCUGCACAGAGGACAUGCAGCAGUACUGGGAGGUGGCAGCUUACCAGCCUGGAGAGGACAGCAUAGCCUGCACCUCCAGAGGCAGUGACACCAGCGCUCCUGCCCCCAGCUCAGGGCAGUCAGCUCAUCCCAGCAUGAGCUACACCUGCACAGCUCACAGCGAGCAGCGGCUGCUGCACCGGGUAUCUGCUGUCAGACAGAACCCUGCGUGCCCAGGAGCCGUCAGACUGAACGUGAAGCCAUCAGAUCACACCAACUGCUGCUGGCUGCUCAGCCCCAGAGCUGCUGCUUUAAAGCACAACUGUCCUCACACUGCCCUGUGUCUACAAGCAGGAGCCACAAGGGGCUGAGAACCACAACCAGCCAGACGGCCGAGGAAGCUGUCAUUUUUUCCUGGGAAAAACAUUGCUAAACCCCUUGACACAGCACUUCAAGGCAUGUCUGAAGGGCUGCAGCUGCUGCCACAAGCCAUUCCUGUGCUGAAGGCUCCAGCAACCCAAACUCUUUCUCUUCUAGCAGUUUGUAAGGCGGUUUGCCAUCUGCCAGCAAUGCAUGCUUUAUAGUAACAACAGGAACUAGCAGGGCUCCUUCACAGUGCCCUCAGCCUCCAGAGCAAUGGAAGGUAACCCAGGAACUUUUCUCAAAAUGACACCACCUCAAAUGAAGUUGUGGCACCUCUCUUUGAUUCCUCUCUGUCUGAAAGUCUUGCAGAAAUCACUCUGCAGUUUACAUGGGCAUCCCUUUUGCAGCACGCUGCUGCACAGCAUCCUUACACAGCAGCCUUUGCUCUGGCUGUAGGGAGGACAGUGGGCACAUAGAACCUGGUCUCAUAAAUGCCAUAAAAAAAUAACACAUAUGGCCCUCGCUCGCUCCCCCUCCCCAGUGAGCUGCAGUAUCAUGAAAUGUACUGGAGAGACUCAAUAGAAGUCACAGAGAAAGUUCUUUUCAGACAAGGCACUCACUCAUAAGCAGAGAGCAGAAGAGAGCUCCUGCAAUGAUUCAUGAAAGCUCUGUGCCUCAAUUAGCAUCAACAUCUCUGGGGCACUCGUUUGCUUCUUUCACCGAGAAGAGCACAAUUCAGCCUUCAGAUGUACAGAUUGCUGCAAUUUAAACAUGUGGAAGGUGGAAGGAAUUACUUUGAGAACAGCACGAAGAGCUUGUUUAGGAUCCCAGCCCAGGGGCUGAAUUACCAUUGCAGAGAAUAUAUCUUAAAAUGAAUGAGAAACAUUUUUUUCCUCCGCACGAAAAGGUCAAAGCCCCAACUUCAGGGGUGUAAUGACUCACAGCACAUUCAUAACUGAAGCAAGAGCUGUCAGCUGAACAGGGCUUCUUAGAAGUAAUUACCUUCCUCCAGGGAAGAAUUCCCACUGCUAAGCCCGUUACAUAAUGGAGCAGUACUGUACAAUUUGUUUUAAAACGUGCAAUUUUAA